AUGAGCUUCAACCACAACACGAGUGCGGGAAACAUUUUCGUCGAUCUCUCCGGGCCGUUCACAAACAUUCAUUUCAUUUUGAGAGUCGGCUUCCUCCGGACCAUUAUCGAUGUCCUGGCGCUCAUCUGUACGCUCCUGCCCACGGCGGUCGUGGCUUGGACCUGCCUCCGACUGGAGCUGCGCCGAACCGCCUACCAUGCCCUGUACUCCACCUUGGGUUUGUUCUCCUUCGUGGGCGGGGCGCAGAUGUUGACGUGCCACUACUGCUGGGUGGCAGGAUCUCGGUUGGGCAACAGCCUGCACGUGGUGCUGGGUGUCCUAGCGCUCUGGGUCGGCAUUCUGGGCAUUUACGCGAAGAGCGCCAUCAAAAGGCGGGAGAACAAGCAGCACGACAUUGCCGAACAGGAGCGACACAUAUCCUCGAAGCACAGCUGGUGCGGCCUGCUGGGUUACCUGCUCCUUUUGGCCUGCGCCAUCACGGGCGUGAUCCUCAUCUUCGUUGGGGCACUGGCAGUGCAUCUGUUUCAUCGGAUCUUUGGAUUCUCUGGCUUCGUCUUCCUGGCCAGCAGCCAGUGGUUCUCCUACAAUACGGCCUUUGCGCGGAGGCAAUGGGACAGGCGAUGGAUUAUAGGACUUCAGCUGGCCACCUUGGGCGCCGUCUUUCUUGUGGGCUACGAUGAGGUCUUUCACAUAUCGUACGAUAUUGUCAACAUUUUCAAGCAGCGCAGGCUUUGA